CCGACCGUUCGGCCGGCGCCGCCGUCGCGACAUUACAGUUCCGACCGGAUCACGUACCGUACCAUCCGUGCUGGCAGAGCGCGUCGACGACGCAUACCUGUCGCCUGUCGGACAACCAUAAUAUAAAUAGACGGAAAAAGUAUCAUCAUUUCCUAAUUCGAAUUCAAAUCGUAAUUUUUAACGACUUUGUUCGGAACUCAGACACCGCCGUAACACGCAUUGCACACGUACUGAUAGUAGGCACGGUAAUAAUAUACGGACCAACGAUCAUAACAAUAACAAUAAUCGUUUAUCGGGAUCUGAUUCCACAAAUUUGCGCAUAGAUUUUCGCCGAAAUAGUCGGGCGCAAACGGGCGCAUUUUUCCGGCGACCCACGGGGCCGUACGGCCGUAUCGUUUUCGCCACCGGAGUCCACUGCUGCAGCCGCGGGCCACAACAACCCGUACGCCGUCGUCGUCUCGUGCGAUGGAGAUCACAGUGUCCGCGCCGAUCGACUUUAGCGUGUCGGUCAAGAGGACGCCACCGACGGCCGUAGUCAGGACGCCUUCGUCCGGGGCUGUUGCAGCUGCUGCGGCAGCGGCUGCUGCUGCCGCUGCAACGAGUUGUGGCGGUGACGCCUCGUCCACCGCUGCCGCCGCCGCACAGCAGCCCAACGACGGCCGCCGUUCACCGGCCGCUUCACCCGCACCGCCAUCGGGUCUGCUCAAGUUCGUUCAGCACGACCACCAACACCAUCAUCACCAUCACCACCAUGCCACCGGUGCCGCCGUCAUAAACGCCUCGGCCGUGAACGGACACCACCACAGCAGCGCCGGCGGACACAGCGCGUUCCGCUUGGUCACCCCGAAAGCCAAGCACAACGAUUGCAUAAAGUUCGGCAUCAGCCGCCUGGUGGAAAAGUUCAACGACAGUCGUUCGGCUUUCGACACAUCGUACGCAGCGAACAAUAACAACAACAUCACCAAGAGCCUCAAUGUACCAGAUAUCGACAACCGUCGCGGUGGUGGUGACGAAGAUGAUGACGAGCGAGAGGUGAAGAGGGAGUCAGCCCGGAAGAUAUGGUCACCGGUGAGGAGUUCGCCAUCGCCAUCCUCAUCGUCCGAACUAGACGUGGAGAGCCGAUUGGCGUCGCCGGACAUCGAUGUGACCAAAUGCGGGACCACCCCACCACCACCAGCGCAACCACCCCAGCCCAUUGUAUCUAUGGUGCAGGUGGCUGCCCGUAAGCCGCCGGUAACCGCCAAGAACUCGGAGGCGUUUAGCGUCAGUGCGUUGCUCAAGCCAGACGCACCCCGCACUAUUAGACAUCCGUUCAACCACCAUCACCACCCCCAUCACCAGCAGCAGCAACACCAUCAACAGCACCACCAACAGCACCACCACCAGCAGCAGCAGCAGUCUCCGGCCAUGACAGCCGUCGAUACCAUAUCUGUCACAAGAUCGUUGCUGUACCCUACCGUCCAGUUCCCUGACCUGAUCAAGGACACCCGGAAGGAAGUGCACCUCCACCCAUCCGCGGCCAACACUCUGCUUCAGAAACACUUUUCCGGUUUCAGCUUUCACCCGCACUUCUAUUCGGCCGCAAACAUGCUGAACCCAUCCAGUGGUUCGCCUGAACACGGUGGUAAUGGCAGCGGAAGUGGCGGAAAUGGCGAUCCGCACACCGACAACAAUCAUAACCUGCUCACCAGCUCGCUGUAUCUGAGUCUAGGCGCCGUCCAGGCGGCCGCCGCCGCUGCUUUUAGCCAUCCUCUGUCCACAACAGGCAUGAGUUCGCCGGCGGCCAAUCCGUUCCACUCGUCUGGCCAACAGCAGACUUCCGGCGGCGUGGUGGUGCCGCACCCGUCGGCCGAGGACAUGAUGAAGCUGCGGCAGCAGUUCGCGCCCGGCGCCAAUCAGCCGCUGGCCGCAGCGCCACCGUCCGACCCCGGUGGCCACAUGCGACACCACCACAUGUUGAUGAGGGGCUCCGUCUUCGGCGACGUGUACUCGUGCAUCAAGUGCGACAAAAUGUUCCCGACCUCACAUGGCCUGGAGGUGCACUCCCGCAGGUCGCACAACGGCAAGAGGCCGUUCUCGUGCGAGCUGUGCAACAAAUCGUUCGGCGCCGAGAUAAGCCUGAACCAACACCGGUGGCUCUGUUGUCGUCGAUCGGCGCACAACGUAGAAAAGCUGUUUGAAUGCAAACAGUGUGGCAAAACGUUCAAAAGGUCGUCAACUCUUUCUACGCACUUGCUGAUCCACUCAGACACCCGACCAUAUCCAUGUCAGUUUUGCGGCAAACGGUUUCAUCAGAAAUCCGACAUGAAGAAACACACGUACAUACACACAGGCGAAAAACCGCACAAAUGUCAGGUGUGCGGCAAAGCGUUCAGCCAGUCGUCAAAUCUAAUUACGCACAGCCGGAAGCACACUGGGUACAAACCGUUUGCGUGUGACUUGUGCGGCCGUGCUUUUCAGCGCAAAGUCGACCUCCGCAGGCACAAGGAAACGCAACACACUGAUUUCCGGUCCGGAAGUCUCACGUAAGCCCAACCACCCAGUCCACCCAACGAAAAAAAAAUUAAAAUUAAAAAAAAAUUUGUGAAAAAUAAUGUCUAUAAUGAUUGCCGCGCAUACAACACUAUAUUAUAUAACUCGCACCUGUACCCACUUUUACAUUACAUUGUUAUAAAUAUAAAUAUAUAUG